AUAUAUGUGCAACUAACCAAAUGCAUCAUAUGGUUCUCAAAGACAAAAUACCAAUCAUCUCAAAAACAAUACCAUCAAUGGAGAGCAGCUGCGUGGAUGAUUCACUCUCAAGUGACUCCGGCCAACUCCUUCCGGUGCCGGCGCCGGCUCCGUUGCAGCGAGCCGGAAGCGGGGCCAGUGUCGUACUUGACCCACCAGAGGCGUCGGCGGUGGAGGCCGAGUCACGGAAGCUGCCGUCGUCACGGUACAAGGGCGUCGUGCCACAGCCCAACGGGCGUUGGGGCGCCCAGAUCUAUGAGAAGCACCAACGCGUUUGGCUCGGCACGUUCAACGAGGAGGCCGAGGCUGCACGCGCCUACGACACGGCGGCCCAGCGCUUCCGUGGCCGUGAUGCCGUCACCAACUUCCGCCCUCUGUCCGACUCCUCUGACGAUGACUCAGCCGAGCUUUCCUUCCUUCACUCCCACUCCAAGGCUGAGAUUGUCGACAUGCUCCGCAAACACACGUACAACGAUGAGCUCACCCAGAGCAAGCGCACCUACGGCACCUCCGGCGCAGCCAAGAAGUUUUACAACAAUGGUGACUCUUCCAUUGGCGCACGUGAGCCACUCUUUGAUAAAGCAGUAACACCAAGCGAUGUCGGAAAGCUUAACAGGCUAGUUAUACCAAAACAGCACGCCGAGAAGCAUUUCCCGGCGCAAAACGGCGGCGUUGAGAACAAAGGAGUGCUGCUGAACUUUGAAGACGCCGGUGGGAAGGUGUGGAGGUUUAGGUACUCUUAUUGGAAUAGUAGCCAGAGCUAUGUGCUUACUAAAGGAUGGAGUCGGUUUGUCAAGGAGAAGAACCUCAACGCCGGUGAUGUUGUUAGUUUUCACCGUUCAACUGGGCCGGAUAAACAACUCUAUAUCGAUUGGCGGCCUCGUGCCACCAUCCCCGUUGUUCGUCCGGUGAGGCCUGUCCAAGUAGUCAGACUUUUCGGUGUGAACAUCUUUAAAGCUCCAGCCGAUAUGCAUCAAGAAAACCAGUUGAAGAGGAGUAGAGAAAUGGAAUUGUUGCCACCAAACCAUUGCUUCAAGAAACCAUGCAUAGGAAGUUUGUAAUAGUUUAAUAGUUUUGUUUUGCUUUGUUUUAAUUAGUUGUUAAUUAAUCUUCUGUGUAAUGAACAACCUCUUCUCUUUUUGUAUAAAAUAAAAAUAAUAAUAAAAAAAAAAGACAAAAAAAUGUUCAAGUGAAACACUUGAAAUCAAUGAUACUUUUAGAAAGAUAA